AUGGCCACCGGCGGCGCGACAGAGCGCAAUGCAUCUAUUCGUUCUCUUGUGCAACGCAUGUCCGACGACGACAAGCACAUUGUACGCGAUAUCGGUCUGCACAGGCUCGUGGCAGAAGUCAGUGGCAAGCUCAGCUCCCCUCUCGGAAAGCAUCUGUGGGCAACUGUGGUCGAGAACUUCGAACGAGUGAAAGACCGUACGGAUAACAACGCAUCGCAUCCUCCGUCCUUGGGAAACGCCUACGAACAUUACGUCGCGGCAGUUCGCCAUCACCAUUACAUCCGGUAUAUCGAGGCCAUGUGGAUGGAAGUCGCCGAUUGGCCCAGCAGCGCCUACGUGGAGGAGAACACUAUCGUAUUCCUCUUCAUCAGAGCCAUCGAUCGUCAAGCCCGCGACAUCGUCAACGUCGUUUACCCCGAAGACACGUACAAGAGCGAUCAGAUUUGCGAGUUGAAGGAGUACGUAGCUGCCUUCUAG